AUGAGGGGAGAGAAUGUAACCAAGGUCAGCGCUUUUGUCCUGCUGGGCUUCCCCACGGCCCCCCGGCUGCAGUACGUGCUCUUCCUCCUCUUCCUGCUCACCUGCCUCUUUGUCCUGGUGGAGAACCUGGCCGUCAUCGUCACCGUCUGGAGCAGCGCCGCCCUCCACAGGCCCAUGUACUACUUUCUGGGCAUUAUGUCGUCCCUGGAGAUCUGGUAUGUGUGUGACAUCAUCCCCAAGAUGCUGGACGGUUUCCUCCUGCAGCGGAAAAGCAUCUCCUUCAUUGGGUGCAUGGCUCAGCUGUAUUUCUUCAGCUCCCUGGUGUGCACCGAGUGUGUCCUCCUGGCCUCCAUGGCCUAUGACCGCUACGUGGCCAUCUGCCAUCCCCUGCGCUACCAAGUCAUCAUGACCACGGGGCUCUGCGUCCAGCUGGUGGUCUUCUCCUUUGUGAGCGGCUUCUCCAUCUCCGUGAUCAAGGUCUACUUUAUCUCCAGCGCCACGUUCUGUGGCUCCAAUGUCCUGAACCAGUUCUUCUGUGACAUUUCCCCCAUCCUCAAACUGGCCUGCACAGACUUCUCGACCGCAGAGCUGGUUGACUUCAUCCUGGCCUUCAUCAUCCUGGUGUUCCCGCUCAUGGCCACCGUGCUGUCCUACGGACACAUCGCCCUGGCUGUCCUGCGCAUCCCCUCGGGCAUCAGCCGUUGGAGAGCCUUCUCCACCUGUGCCUCCCACCUCACCGUGGUCACCAUCUUCUAUACAGCCUUGCUUUUCAUGUAUGUCCGGCCCCAGGCCAUUGACACAUGGAGCUCCAACAAGCUCAUCUCUGUUUUGUACACUGUCCUCACCCCUAUCUUGAACCCGUUGAUCUACUGUCUAAGGAACAAAGAAUUUAAGGAUGCCUUGAGAAGGGCUCUGCGCUUUGGUCAAGCUCCACUAUAG